UCUACCCCUGUCACACUGGUUCUUCGUCCUCUGUUUUUCUCUCUCUAUAAAACCCUUUCUCUCUCUAGAAUCUCUAAACCCCAAACCAAACCAAACCAAUGGCUUCACUCUCUCUCUUACGCCAAAACCACUUCUUCUCCGCCACCCUCCCAACCCGACCCGAACCCAAAUAUGCCGCCGCUCCAACAAGAGUCCGAAUGUCUCUCCAAGAAAACGCGCCCACACUCGCCGUCGUCGGCGUCACCGGUGCCGUCGGCCAAGAGUUCCUCUCCGUCCUCUCCGAGCGCGACUUCCCAUACAGCUCCAUCAAAAUGCUGGCAUCCAAACGCUCCGCCGGCCGCCGGUUAACGUUCGAGGACAAAGAGUAUGUCAUAGAGGAGUUGACGGAGGAGAGCUUCAACGGCGUCGACAUUGCUCUGUUCAGCGCCGGUGGAUCGAUCAGCAAGAAGUUUGGGCCUAUUGCGGUGGAUAGAGGAACUAUUGUUGUUGAUAAUAGCUCCGCGUUUCGAAUGGAUGAGAAUGUGCCGUUGGUGAUACCUGAAGUGAACCCGGAAGCCAUGGCUGGAAUUAGGGUUGGAUUGGGAAAAGGUGCUCUCAUUGCUAAUCCUAAUUGUUCCACCAUUAUUUGCUUGGUGGCUGCUACUCCUCUUCAUCGACGUGCUAAGGUGGUACGCAUGGUUGUUAGUACCUAUCAGGCUGCUAGUGGUGCUGGUGCUGCUGCAAUGGAAGAACUUGAGUUGCAAACUCGCGAGGUAUUGGCAGGAAAACCACCAACAUGUAACAUAUUUAGUCGACAGUAUGCUUUUAAUCUGUUCUCACAUAAUGCGCCUAUUCUUUCAAACGGAUAUAAUGAAGAAGAAAUGAAAUUGGUCAAGGAAACAAGAAAGAUUUGGAGCGACAAGGAUGUUAAAAUCACGGCAACAUGUAUACGAGUUCCUGUUAUGCGGGCUCAUGCUGAGAGCGUAAAUCUUCAAUUUGAGACGCCCCUCGAUGAGGACACAGCAAGAGAUAUUUUGAAGAAUGCUCCGGGUGUAGUAGUAAUUGACGACCGUGAAUCCAAUAAUUUUCCUACUCCAUUGGAAGUGUCAAACAAGGAUGACGUUGCUGUUGGCAGAAUUCGCCGUGACCUAUCUCAGGAUGGGAAUCAAGGGUUGGACAUUUUUGUUUGCGGGGAUCAAAUUCGCAAGGGAGCUGCACUUAACGCAAUCCAGAUCGCCGAAAUGUUGCUGUGAGUUCUGAUAUAUCAAAGUUUUGGUACCUCAAAAUUACGCCGCCGCAGCUUUUGAGUCAGUUUUGUAUCUGCUUGUUGGUAGGGGUUAUUCUUAGUUUUUGUAAGGUUUAGUUAGUCAAGAGAAUUUUUCAAGUAUCUGGUAAUUCACUAGCUUGAACUAUUUCUUCUUCAUGGCCUUAAUUAUUUACAUAAUUUCUGUAGUUCACCCCAUGUGGGAAUGAAUAACAAGCAUUGGUUAUGGCAUGUGAAAUAUAUCAUCUAAUACUCCUUGAUUUUGGGAGUGAGAAUA